AUGGUUGCCUGCUACAACGGUUUUGCAAAUGUUGUGACCCUACUCAGCCACUGUCCUUUCCUUGAUGUGAACCAGCAGGACAAAGAAGGGGACACAGUCCUCAUGUUGGCUGUCCAAGCAGGCCACAUGCCCCUGAUGAGUCUUCUGCUUAACUACUAUGGGGGCCUGGAUCUGGAGUGCUGAGACCAGAGGGGGCUUACCCCUCUAAUGAAGUCACACCAAGUGGAGUGUGUGACUGCCCCCGUCAUGGCAGGUGCAGACCUGACAGCAGUGGACCCUGCUUGGGGCAAGAUAGCCCUGGAGCGGGUGGUGCUGACCAACAGCUUCAACACUGUCCAGCAGAUCUAGCAGCUGCAGCGGCGGCCCCAAGUGGAGCAGCUCAGCCAGGAUUACCAGCCUGAGUGGCCAGCCUUGACCAAGCCCAUGGCCCAGGCCCAGACUGCCCCAUCCCUGCUAGAAAGAUUGCUGGCCACCUUGACCCCCCUCCCCCCAUUCUUCUGUGGAGGGGGUGUCAUGGAUCACCUUGUGACCAUCACAACCAGCCUGGCCAGUCCCUUCCUGACCACUGCCUGCCACACCCUGUGCCCUGACCACCCACCUGUCCUGGGCACCUCAAGUGUGUCAGUGCCAGCGCUGCUAGAGUGUCCUUCUGCCUUCCCAUCUACCCCUGCUCGAAGGAAUCUGGUUGUUCGUGGCACCAUUGUUUGCAACAUCUCCGGAGGCCGCCGCGCCGGCUGCGCAGAGCGAUCCCCUCCCCGGCCCCAGCCUGAUCCCCGGCCGCGCCCGGACCCCAGCCCGCCAGCCGUCCAGCGCUCUGCUUGUGACCGCGACCGCAGCGGAGGGAGGCGGCCCCCCUGCCGCAAGUGUGUGCCUGCCGCCAGCAAGGCAGGCCUAGAGGUGAGUACAGGUCGCCGGCGGGGCCGGGUGGGAGGUGGUCUGACCCCCGCCCCGUACACGGACCCUUCCCAUCGGGUGGAUCCCAGAGACCCCUCCUAG